CCGGUGGGGUUUAAUUUCUCGGCGUUGUUGCUGCUGUCGUUCGGUGGUCUCUGGUUUACUUUCUUGUCGAAAUUCUCGAGACCUUCUUUGCUGGUGUUCAUCUUGGACUCCUGUACUUCUGCGAACGCCACUGCCGCCGCCCCUCAUCAGUCACCGCGCUCGCUGCCGGCUUGCCCAUCGUUGCGCCUCUACCUCGCUUGCUGGCACGCUUCGUCGCGUUCAGUACGUCCUGCUGCAGCCGCGGCAGCAGCUUUGCCGACUUAUUCUAACACACCACAGCAGCAGUCCCUGGCGUUUUCCGGUGAUUCCGGGCGGCAUCCCGGCUUCACUUGACGCCACGCUAGCUGUUUUGUUUCCUCUGCUACGCUUGAUUUCCUUUCGCAGGUUGCCCAGAGCAGGCUAGCAAUGAUGGAACCCACACCGCCGCCGCCAAGCAGAGUCCGACCAACAAACCUUCGCCGCUGCAUCUUCUGUUCUAGCGAACCUGUCUGCAAUUUGCUGUGUCCUUGCUGAAACGCCAUCGUUGCUGCUUUGUUCCUGACGUUCCUCCUCACCGAUCGCCAUAAAGCUCCCUGUCGCCGGUCCCGAUUCUUGGAAACAAAUACUUCAAUCUAGGUAAUUUCUCAAACCAAUUUGAUUUGAUUAUUCGUUACCUAAUGUGCAAUUAUUGAAUACCUAAUUUGAUAUUAUUCGAUAAUAAUCUUGAUGUGUUUGAAAUUUUUAGGCAUUUUCAUUCUAGGAAAUUCUCUAUAUCGAACGGUGUGUAUAGUUGAUAAAUCGAUGUCUAGUCACCAAUCCAGCUUUUUUAGGUUGUAUUUUUCUUGUUGCUUUUGACAAAAACAGUACAAUAAAGUAACUCCGAAAGAGGAGCACUUUGUUCGUGACCGUAACGAUCAGGCCACUCAAAGCAUCCAAGAAUAAUAGUAGGUUUGCUUCCCUUAACAUUAACUAGACAUAUUACUUUACAAUAAAUUAGAAAAAAACAUAACUUAAUCAUCACAUUUAAUUUAAUAUAACGUUUCUAGAGCAAUGCACCAACGUCAACCUGCCUUUUUAAUUUUAGAUUUACUUAGACUUGACUCUGGUGGGCCCCAGGCCAGCCUUGGAAAUCGAAAUUUCACAGAACUUAACUAAUAUAAACUUGUUCGAAAUGCACCAUACUGAAUUUCCCAUCCACCAGACAACUGGUGGGGCUUAGGCCAUAUCUUAAUCCUUCAAUCAUAUAUCUGCAAUUUCUCUCGAUCAAUGUUGCGACCGGAUGGGAAUGGAAACUGAUAAUUGCUUACCUACCUGCCCAUCGCUCGUUGACUCCUGUUAAAGCAUGUCAAAUCUUUUGUGAUUUGCUUUCAAAAUCUUAGCAGACGCAGCUGAGAUGAAAAGAAAAAUGAGCUCUUCUCCGGAAACUGGAUCCGCAAGUCAUGGCUCAUUAGGAACUAAGUUUGAGGUGUUCUUGAGUUUUCGAGGACCAGAUACUCGCGCUAAUUUCACAGAUACCCUCUAUUAUGCUUUGUUAGAUAAGGGUAUUAGUGUUUUCAUAGAUAAGCAGGGGAUUGACAUUGGUGAAGAGAUUGGGCCUGAGCUUUUCCAAGCCAUCGAUGACUCAAAAAUCUGCAUCCCCAUCUUCUCCAAAGGAUAUGCCUCUAGUAGUUGGUGCAUGCGCGAGCUGGAACACAUGAUGCAGCGUAGGAAAACCAACAAACUGGAGGUUUUGCCCAUUUUCUAUGACGUGGAACCCUCUGAUGUGAAGCUUGAAUCCAAAGUGUAUGUGGAUGCACUAACUCUGCAUAAAGAAAAACGUGGGGCCGAGAUUGUGCAGCAUUGGGCAAAGGCGCUCAAGGAAGUUACCGGAAUCAAGGGUUGGGACACCAAGAACACAGGGUAUGUUAACUCCCUGAACUCCAUCUUCCCUUUUCUCUAUGUUUCUUUUGCUUGAAGGCGGAUUAUGAUUUGAAGAGCACAAUUUUUUCUUACUUCUGGACCAAAAAUUGUGAUGGAUAUCGCGUUGAAUUCUACACUCCAUUGUCUCGAGACUCAAGGAUUACCUAUCAUCCUAGAUUGAACAAAACUAGAAUGAAUCAUGUAUUUAUUUGUUUGUUUACUGGGUCCAAUGUCAAUUUCGUAACUUCUUGUAAUUGUUUCAUCUCGCAAGCGAAAAAGUUUGCCACCAAUCUUAUAAUUCAAUUGAUAGUGUUUUUUUCCCUAACACAGCCAUGGAGAACUUGCACAUUUGAUUGCUCGGAAAGUGUCGGUUAAGCUUAAGGUAUCUUGUGUGCAUAUAUAUGAUCAUUUAGUUGGCAUGGACGAAUCGGUGAAUGAAGUAGUAGAUUUGCUAAAUGUCAAAUCUAAGGAUGUAAGGCUCCUCAGUAUUUGGGGAAUGGGUGGAAUAGGCAAGACAACUCUUGCCAAGGUUGUCUACGACAAUCUAUCUACUAAUUUUGACAGGUGUAGCUUCAUUUCAGAUAUCCGAGAAGCAUCACAAGGUUCUGGUCUAUUAAAUGUGCAGAGGCGAUUAGUCUUUGAUAUCAUUGGUGAUGUAGAAUUUAAACUUUCUAGCAUUGAUCAUGCGAAGAAUGUGAUCAAAAAUCGAUUUUGUAAAAAGAAAGUUCUUAUUUUUCUUGAUGAUGUAGAUCAUGAGAACCAACUUAUGGCAUUGGCAGCAAAUAAAGAUUGGUUUGGUUCGGGAAGUAGGAUAGUUGUUACAACCCGAGACAGAAGUAUUUUGUGUAGAUUUGAAGAUCAAUUUGAACGUUGUUUGAUUUAUGAAGUUAAGGAACUCAACAAUCUCACAGCUCUUCAACUAUUUAGCAAGCAUGCCUUUAGAAGCAACUCUCCUCCAAAUACAUUCUUGAGUCUAUCUGAGACAAUUAUUGCAAAAACUGGAGGGCUUCCUUUGGCUAUGGAAGUUAUUGGCUCAUUUUUAUGUGGAAAAAAAAAUAAAGCAGUGUGGCAAGAUACAUUGAAAAAGAUGGAAUAUUCUCAACACAAGGACGUGAAGGACAAGUUAAUGUUGAGUUAUGAGGCAUUAGAUUAUCAUCAACAACAGAUAUUUCUUGAUAUUGCUUGUUUUCUAGCUGGACAAGAUAAGAGCUAUCCAUAUUACAUGUGGGAUGACUGUGGAUUUUUUCCAAACGAAGGGAUAGAUGUUCUGGUUUUAAGGUCCUUAGUGAAGAUUGAAGGAAACAAUCUACUAUGGAUGCAUGAUCAGCUUAAGGACUUAGGCAGGAGUAUUGUCUACGACGAAAAUUGCAAAGACCCAAGAAAGGGUUAUCGGAUGUGGUUGAAUUCGAAAGGUCCUCAUAUUGCCCAGCAAAAGAAGGGAACCGACACUGCAGCAUUCUAUAUGGGAAUUAACCGUCUCUCCGAAGCUUUGUUUUGACAUCAGAAUUCUAUACGGGAUCUAACUGGUCUCUCCAAAAAUUUGUUUUGACAUCAGAAGACUUUAUCAAAGUGCCAAAUAUUAGAUUUCUCCGAAUGAUGGGUCAGACGCUCUCUGGAGACUUUGAGGAUCUCUUUGCAGAAUUGAGAUGGCUUGCUUGGUAUAGUUGUCCAGAAGAAAUGUAGGCAACCAACUUUUGCCCAAAAAAUCUAAUCAUUCUUGACCUACAAGAUGGAACAAUAGAUGAACACUGGGGUGGUUGGACUCAGCUCAAGGUGUGUGUGCACAAAUAAUUUGGGCUAACAUGUUGUAUUUUCUUUGGUUGU